CCCCCAGAGCGCACGCGCGAGCGUGCAGCGGCCCCAGGUACUCGGACAAGAUGGCGGCGGCGGUCGACAGCCCGAUGGAGGUGGUGCAGGCGCUGCCGGAGGAGGCCGUGCCCGAGGCGGCGGGCCUCAGCUGCCUCGUCAACUUGCCCGGCGAAGUGCUGGAGUACAUCCUGUGCUGCGGCUCGCUGACGGCCACGGACGUCAGCCGCGUCUCCAGCACCUGCCGGCGGCUGCGCGAACUCUGCCAGAGUAGCGGGAAGGUGUGGAAGGAGCAGUUCCGGGUGAGGUGGCCUUCCCUUAUGAAACACUACAGCCCCACCGACUACGUCAAUUGGUUGGAAGAGUAUAAAGUUCGGCAAAAAGCUGGGUUAGAAGCCCGGAAGAUUGUAGCCUCCUUCUCAAAGAGGUUCUUUUCAGAGCACGUCCCUUGUAACGGUUUUAGUGACAUUGAGAAUCUCGAGGGGCCAGAGAUCUUUUUUGAGGAUGAACUGGUGUGUAUCCUAAAUAUGGAAGGAAGGAAAGCUUUGACCUGGAAGUACUACGCAAAAAAAAUCCUUUACUACCUACGACAACAGAAAAUUUUAAAUAAUCUCAAGGCUUUUCUUCAGCAAUCGGAUGACUAUGAAUCGUAUCUCGAAGGUGCUGUGUUUAUCGACCAGUACUGCAAUCCUCUCUCCGAAAUCAGCCUCCGAGACAUCCAGGCCCAGAUUGGCAGCAUCGUGGAGCUCGUGCGCAAGACCCUGCGGGGCAUCAACAGCCGCCACCCCAGUUUGGCCUUCAAGGCAGGUGAGUCCUCCAUGGUAAUGGAGAUAGAGCUCCAGAGCCAGGUACUGGACGCCAUGAACUAUGUCCUGUAUGACCAGCUGAAGUUCAAGGGGAACCGCAUGGACUACUAUAACGCCCUCAACUUAUAUAUGCACCAGGUUCUGAUCCGCAGAACAGGGAUCCCAAUCAGCAUGUCUCUGCUCUACAUGACCAUUGCCCGGCAGUUGGGGGUCCCUCUGGAACCUGUCAACUUCCCAAGUCACUUCCUACUGAGGUGGUGCCAAGGCGCGGAAGGGGCCAACCUGGACAUCUUUGACUACAUCUACAUCGAUGCUUUUGGGAAAGGCAGGCAGCUGACGGUGAAAGAGUGUGAAUACUUGAUCGGCCAGCAUGUGACUGCAGCGCUGUAUGGGGUGGUCAACGUGAAGAAGGUGCUGCAGCGAAUGGUGGGAAACCUUUUAAGCCUGGGAAAGCGGGAAGGCAUCGACCAGUCGUACCAGCUCCUGCGAGACUCAUUGGACCUGUACCUGGCGAUGUACCCGGACCAGGUGCAGCUCCUCCUCCUCCAAGCCAGGCUCUACUUCCACCUGGGGAUCUGGCCAGAGAAGUCUUUCUGUCUUGUCUUGAAGGUGCUUGACAUCCUCCAGCACAUUCAGACCCUAGACCCCGGGCAGCACGGGGCCGUGGGUUACCUGGUGCAGCACACACUAGAGCACAUUGAGCGCAAGAAGGAGGACGUGGGCGUGGAGGUGAAGCUCCGUUCCCACGAGAAGCACAGGGAUGUCUGCUACUCCAUUGGGCUCAUUAUGAAGCAUAAGAGGUAUGGCUAUAACUGUGUCAUCUACGGCUGGGACCCCACCUGCAUGAUGGGACACGAGUGGAUUCGAAACAUGAACGUCCACAGCCUGCCUCACGGCCAUCAUCAGCCUUUCUACAAUGUUCUGGUGGAGGAUGGUUCUUGCCGCUAUGCAGCCCAAGAAAACCUGGAAUAUAAUGUGGAGCCUCAAGAAAUCUCGCACCCCGAUGUCGGACGCUAUUUCUCAGAGUUUACUGGCACCCACUACAUCCCGAACGCAGAGCUAGAGCUCCGAUACCCAGAGGACCUGGAGUCUGUCUACGAAACGGUGCAGAACAUUUACAGUGCCAAGAAAGAGACCGCAGAGUAAAGGCCAGUGGAGGACAUUGUGCCUUUGCUGCUGCUGCCGCCUUCCAGGAGAACAGGACUCCAGGGGUCCCCGGCCUUUGGACGCGACCACCAGGAAGCCACUUGGCCCGAGUGCUGGUUGCUCCCACCAGUUUAAGUGGCCCGUGCUCUCCUCAGCUGCAAAGACAAUGUCGCUCUCCGCCUCCACUAGUGAAUCCUUGGGAAGGCGCUGUUCGGUGGCAUGGCUUGUCUGCUUGUCUGUGGUGACAGUCUGUGACAUUCUGUCUUCAUGAGGGCUCACAGUCGACACCCGUCUAAUCGUUCCUUAGCUCCCUUCUCAUUAGCCUGUCUUGCACUUACUCAGACAUUUCAUUUGCUGGCGACGGGCUCUUAAGUUUGCAACGAUUUCUCCCUGAUUUCUCUGUGGCCCAGCUGCAGUCCUGAGUCAGGGUCGUUGGGUCUUUUCAGCCUGAAUUUAGCUGCUUAUUCAGAGGUGAAGCUAAGUGAGCUUGGCAGCAUCUUGGUGAUGAGCAAAGUAGUGCUAAUCAGAGUCAUUUGCAUUUAUUUUUUCUGAUGUGUGAAACCGAUUUCAGGCACUUGUCUUUGUCUGUAUUGGAGUUAGAAGAAUAACAGUUUCCCUCUUGGACUUAUGCUCCUAUCGCUAUGAGUCAUUAGUUUUCCACUUCGUUACAUGGAAUUCUUUGAGGAAAUGCAUAAUAAUGGCCUUGGUGAUGGAUUUUUCCAUGUUCAUCUACUGUUCCUCCCUUUAAAGUAACUUUUUUUAUGUUAAUACUAUCCAGUAGCAUGAGUAGAUCUUAAAUCAGUGAUGGCUUCUCUUCAUAGUAGGAAGUACAAUCUGAUGUUAAAAUGCUUGCUUUUAGAAAUUAUACUUCGAGGUCUCCAAAGACGUAAAAAUGAGAUUUCACUUCUGUAACCAGAAGAAAAAUGAACCUCAAAAAUGAAAGGGGAGGUCCCAAUGCCCCCCGUCCUUCCUGAGAAUCACUUGGAGACCUGUCUGAGUGUGGCAGGGUAGAGCAACUAACACGUCUUUCAUCUUAGAGUGUCUGAUCCACGGGGAAAGAAACGAGUGUCGUCUGCUUUCUCGAGACGCCAUGGCCGUGACAGCACCGGUGAAGCCUGCACUCGCGUCCCCUGGGGACUGACCGCUCACUCAGCCACACGGGCCCCUCUCCCACGUUCUUAGUGACCGAGCGCUGACAGUUCCAUGCUGUGCAGCUCUGGAACUCCCACCACGGCCGCCAGGUCUCCUGCCAGCUGGUCUUGUGUCUGGAGUUAGGGCCUCAUGACGUCACUCUAAGUUUAGGAGAAUCCAGUUGAUCUAAUGCCUGAGGCUCUAGGGGGCAGGGAACCAGUCACUCUCGCUGCUGUGCUCAUUUGAGUGCAGGGUUUGCAUACCAUGUUGGAUGACUGCCUUCCAUUGGUCCUUAAUGAACCCUGAGAUGACCAAGGUUUGGGGAUGCUACCUGAGACUCUAUAGCAAGUGACGGCUGAGUUAAGCAUUAAUUAGAAAAAGAUGGAGAUUUGGCCAGCUGGCCCCUUCCAGCCUGAACUCGCUAUCAUCCGGUAUCCAUGGUCAUCAAAUCCAAAGUCAGACGAUUAGGACUUGCAUUUGAAAUUGUGACCACUCACAGCACCCCGCCUGCCUGAGGCCGGGGGUUUCACACUACUCUCAUUUAAAGGUGGAAAUUAGGAAGUGUGGAGUAAAUAUUAACAAGAUGCAUUACAAAGAAACCGUGGAGCAUGCUGAGAAUUAUGAUGUUGGUUUUCCGGUUUGAUUUCCUUUUCUUGUAGAGUAACAUCGACGCCAAGCAAGAUAAGAUGGUUUUCCCUUUAGUGACCCCGUGUAAAUAUGUAUGUAGACUGUUUUUAAAGGUUUCUUCACGGAUGCUUCCCCUGGCUCCAGGAGGCCUGUCACCUGUAAGUUGGUAUUUGGGCACUUUAUAUUUUUCUAAAAAUGUGUUUUUGGAACCUGUACUCUAAUAAAUCAUAAGUUUCUUUUUAAAAAUU